GCUCGGACUUUUUUCAUCCCUUCCUCCACCGGAGCGGAGCGAGAUGAUAACCGGAUCUCGCGGCGUUUGGCUGCUUUCUCGUCGGACCGGCUGGACCGAGUGGACCGGGAGAAAGAGCGGACCGGGAGGCAGGGCUGACCGGGAUAUCGGCGUUAUCUUGCGGCCGCUUCAGAGCUGAGAGGCCCCGGAGAGAUACCGAGCCGUUCGUUGCAGUGGAGCCGGGUUGUGGUGCACUGCUGGCGGCUGCAGCUCCCAGCUGCGUCCCGCUGAAGGACUGAGACAUGUACCAGGUCCAGGGGAAAGGGGAAAGGGUCGUUGCCAUGUUGCUGAAGGAGCUUCCUGCGCCCUCAGAAGGAAACCCCCUCCUCACGGUGACAACCAAGCUGGUUCGGGAGCAGCAGGAGAGUCGACCGUUGCUGAGUCCCUCCAUUGAUGACUUCCUGUCGGAGAUCCGGAGCGACGCCCCGUCCUCCCGCCCCCUCACCUCCAACACAGCAGCACGACUCGUUCUACAGUCAGGACCGAUCAUGGCCCGAUCAGCUGCUCCAGACCGGCCGUCCGAGAUGUCAGUCAGACUCUCGCACUGUUGAAGCAGAGCCACGAGUCGAUUCCUGCGCUAGUAAACAAACUUCUUCUCGCCUCAGAGCUUUCAAACUUUA